AUUUCCUGCUUUACUGUGUUUGUUGGUUGAAUUGGAGGUACAAGGUGAAACUCAGGGCUGAAAUCGGGAGGGUUUAAAUCUAACUGCAGAUUCAUUCUUUGUUGCGGAAGUUCAAUUGUUCUCCCUCUUUGUCCUGCGCUGCGGUUUGGACUGGACUGGAGUUAGUUAGAUCCGUACUGGAUUGGACUGAAUGAAACGGUUGUGAUUUUGGUGUUUGUGGUGUGUGUACAUGGAGUGUGAUCAUCAUCCGCACUACUUCUAUGAUGGAAUGGAUAGUAGGAUUGAGGACUUUUUCACAUCCACAGCACCCAGUGAGGAUAUCUGGAAGAAGUUCGAGCUGCUCCCCACCCCUCCCGUGUCCCCUUCCAGGACUUUUGCUAUGGGACGUACAGUAUUCCCGUUAUCGUCAGAGCGGGGCAUGUGGCCAUCGGAUGACUAUCUCCCAUUUAAAUUUGACCCUCUGGAUGUGAUUGGCAACCUGAGCUCGGUGGUGAUUAAGGACUGCAUGUGGAGUGGUGGAUUCUCAGCUACCAGAGUGAAUCCUCGUACUGAAACUCAGAGUGAACGGGAACUAAAUGUACCCCGCACCCAGGGUCCACGGGUGGCUGAUGUAGCCACCACACGCUGUGUAAAUCCUGCAGCAGUGCUCAACCUACCUUCCCACCAGCCCAAAAAACAGAUGACUGCAUCGUCAGGGUCUGAGUCACGAUCAGACUCCUCUGAUGCCGACGAGAUCGAUGUAGUGACCGUCGAGAACCGGUUGAAGAAGCAGACUCGUACACCCAUCACCAUUGCUGUUAGCGCAGAUCCACAUGGCCCCUGCAAAAAAUACUUCCACAUCUCGCUGCACCGACAGCAGCACAACUACGCUGCUCCAUCUCCUGAUUCUGACAUGGAACACGAGGAACAAGGCGAAGAUCUGCUCAACAAACAAGCCCGACUUGACGCUUCCUUGUUAUCAGCUCCAUCAUCAUCAUCCUCCUCUCCAGCCAGCUCGGACUCUGAGGACUCCAACGAACAUCGCAGGAACUUUCUGGAGAGGAAGAGGAGGGACAAUCUUCGCUCUCGCUUUCAGUUACUUAGAAAUGAAAUCCCAGGCCUUUCGGACACAGCUAAAAGCUCAAAGGUGGCUAUUUUGACCCGGGCAACGGAAUAUCUGCUGCAGCUUCAGGUGAAAGAGAGACGCCAAGCUCAGGAGAGGAAGAAACUCCGUGCCAAGAGGCAACAGCUACUGCGCAAAAUCAGCUUGCUUAAAAAAUGCUGA